GUUCUGGUUAGCAGUAGAAGACCUGAAGAAGAGGCCUAUCCGUGAAGUUCCUGCACGUGUUCAGGAAAUCUGGCAAGAAUUUCUUGCUCCAGGUGCACCCAGCGCUAUCAAUCUAGAUUCAAAAAGUUAUGACAAAACCACGCAGAAUGUAAAGGACCCUGGAAGAUACACAUUUGAAGAUGCUCAGGAGCACAUUUACAAACUGAUGAAAAGUGAUUCUUACCCUCGUUUUAUACGAUCCAGUGCCUACCAGGAGCUGCUACAGGCCAAGAAAAAGGGGAAAUCGCUCACAUCAAAGAGGUUAACCAGUCUAGUGCAGUCCUACUAAAAGGAUCACCUUGUAGCAUGGAAGCAGACUCAAAUCAUUAUACAUACUUUGUAGCUCACUGAUUGCCUGACUCAGAGGACAGUAGAACAAGAUGUUGCAUGAGCAAGGACCUGACUUGUUUUCUUUUGUGUAUACUAAGGCAUUACAGACUCCGAGGGACUCUCUAGCCUUUCGAUGCCUCCAUUUUGAAAACUGUCUGCUCACUUCCUCCUUCAUAUCAAGCUGGAUCUGUGUCUUUUUAUUUUCUGCAAGCUCAAGUACAGUGAAAAAAAAGCUUCUGCUAGGCACAGUUUAU